GAGCCCGGACUCCUGGGUUCUGUUCCUAGCUGUGGGAGGGGGAGUGGGGUUCAGAGGCUAGUGCCCUGGGAGUCAGGACUCUUGGGUUCUGUUCUCGGCUCUGCCCGUUUGAACACUUCCUCUCUCCCUGCCUCAGUUUCCCUGUACGUGAGGUGAGGAUAACCCUGCCCAUAAGCAGAGUGGGGAUUGCAAGGGCUGGUCCAUUCACGAUACUAAGGCCCGUGUGUGCUGUAGAUCAGUGGUUCUCAACCUUUCCAGACUAUUGUACCCCUUUCAGGAGUCAAGCCCAAGCCCCGCCACCUGAGGCUCAAGCCUGAGCUGCGCUGCCCGGAGGCUGAAGUAUGUAAUAUAACUUUACAAGCUCCGUGUGGCAUAGGGCCCUAGGCAGUUGUCCUGCUUGCCACCCCCUUAUGCCAGCUGUGCACUUGCAACACUGCUAAACCCUGCCCUGUGACCCUUUGUGGGGGGGCAUGACUGCCAGGUUGAGAAACACUGAUCCAGAUUAGUUGAUGUACCCCCUGGAAGAUCUCUGUACACCCCCAGGGGUAGGGGUAUGAGUACCCCUGGUUGAGAGCCACUGUUGCAGAGUGCCAGCUGUUCCUGUUGGAGCUCUCCCUGCAACUUGGAGACCCUGAUGGUCUCGCCUCUGUUUGCAGUGUGAGUUUGGCUAGCUCUCAGGUAGCUAAUGGUGCUUCCUUUGCUUCCUUUCCAUGGAUCUGCAAUGGUUCCAGGAGGGGGACCCAGAAGACUGGACCUUCCAGCCAUCACAGGCCCCUUCUUUGAGAUGGAGGAGCCAUGUGCCAAGAUACUCGCGCUGGAGACGUUCCGUUUAGAGCAGGUUCCACCAACUGUCUAUUAUAUUCCAAACUUCAUCUCUGAGUCGGAGGAGACCUAUCUGCUGCACCAGGUUUAUGCUGCCCCCAAGCCCAAGUGGACCCAGCUGUCUGGAAGAAAGCUGCAGAACUGGGGAGGGCUGCCCCACCCAAAAGGGAUGGUACUGGAGAAGCUGCCCCCCUGGCUGCAGAGCUAUGCCGAGAAGAUCUCCUCCCUUGGAGUGUUUGGCGGGAAGCUGGCGAACCAUGUGCUGGUGAAUGAGUACCUCCCCAGGCAGGGGAUCAUGCCUCAUGAAGAUGGACCUCUGUACUUCCCCACGGUCACCACCAUCAGCCUGGGAUCUCACACGCUGCUGGACUUCUACCAUCCCGUCAGUAAGGGGCAGCAUGCGGAUAGCGAGCAGGUCCCCACGCCCCAGACAGAGGAGCAGCGCCACUUCCUGUCCCUGCUGCUGGAGCCGUGCAGCCUCCUGGUCCUGCGGGAGGACAUGUACGUCCGUUACCUGCACGGGAUCCGACCCGCUGCUUCUGACGCCAUCACAGAGAAAGUGGCCAACGUGGCGGCCUGCAGCAUGGUGCUCGGGGACGAGCUGCGCCGGGGAACCCGGGUGUCGCUCACCAUCCGCCAUGUCCCCAAGGUGCUGAAAACUGCCAUUUUCCUGGGCAGGGGGAAGUGAGGGGAGAAGUUUGCUUCCCUCCCUCCCAGGCUCUUGCCUGAGAACGGCGCUGUGAAAUGCGCAAUCAACGAGGGGGUAGGGAGGCCCAGAUGUGGAAGGCUGCAGAGACCCCGUCCUGCGGCACGCUGGGAGAGUGGGAAGAGCCAAGCCCUAGAGCAUCUCGCCUGCCGGGGAAGAGAAGAGCAGCCUCUGGGGUCAUCUGUACAAAGGCGCAGAGCCUUGGACAGGAUGCAGUGUGGUCUAGUGGUUAGAGCGAGAGGCCAGAGUAUCAGGACUCCUGGGUUCUAUUCCUGGCUCUGGGAGGGGAGUGGGUUCUAAUUGCUAGAGCAGGGGAUAGGAAGCCAGAAAACCUGGCUGCCUACUCCCCACUUUUGCUGCUGCCUCACCAUGUGACCUUAAGGGACUCUCCCUCCACCUCCCAGUGCCUUAGUUUCCCUGGAUGGGAUGUGGGCAGGGGUUGCUAUCCGUUGGUAAAGCACCCUGAGCACCCCAGUGUGGCAGGCUCGCCUGCUCCUACCUAUGUUCGAACACAUUCAUUUAAACCGAUAAACUCUAAUAAAGGCAGGGGUGGGUCAUUCCACCUCGCUGGGGGCUCCUU